UAAAUCUGAAUUUUCUCUAGAAGGAGACGUACGUAUUCAUGUGGAGCAGCCGGCGGCCUCCUCGAUCGACUGCCAGCCGCAUGCCAUUACUCAAAAGUGUCGCUCGGUGGAAGACGAAACACCAAGAGCCAGAGCCUUUCCAUAUUCCACACUGUCUCCCUCCCCGGUUCGUCCCCAACUCUCCAUUAUAAUACCUUGCACACGCACAGUAGAGCACAAUACUACAUACAAGUCCAGCAUCGAUCAAGCGGAGGCGCCCGAUGGAGAAGACCCCCACAAACACCAAUACCAUCAACAAAACGGAGCUGCAACACGAUCACAGCGGGCAACCUCCAUGGCAACCUCCCGGACAAGAGCAAGUGUAUCUCCUGCUUCAUCAGAACGGGCUUCAGCCGUUGCUUCAUCCCCACGAGCUACAGCCGCUGCCACGGCGUCGACCGCAUCCUGCAAUCCGUCCGUGUCGCCUGCGCAUACGGCUGCAGUGCAGUCAAGUUGUUGUACCACGAGAAGGGGGAGCAUGAGAGGACCUGUCCCGGCAAAGCCGGCGCCGCGCAGAAGCAGGGACGGGUCCUGAAGAUGGGCCCCUGCGGCGGCGGCGGCGGAGACGUCUGGGAGAUGGACGUGCGGGGCGUCGACCGUAUCGUCAAGGUGGUUCUCUGGCACUCCGGCGCGGUCGACGCCAUCUCAGUGUCAUACGAGCGGGACGGCCGGGAGGAGCAGGCCAAGCACCGGGGAAAGCCGGAAGGACACCGCUCAGAGAUCUGCUUGGAGCCGGGUGAAUACCUCGUCGGCGUCAAAGGGAACCUGGGCAAUUUCGGUGGUUGUUUCCUCUUGGGAACGCUUACUUUCAUCAGCAACCUGCGCACCUUUGGGCCAUAUGGAACGAGGGAAGGUCCGCCAUUCGACCUUCCAGCAGCUGGAGGCAAGAUUGUCGGCUUCCAUGGCCGCUCCGGGGGCCUCCUCGACGCUCUGGGCACUUAUGUAUCGAUAUUACCAUUUGUACUGCAUGAACAUGUCAAUGUCUACUGUACCUCGUCACCAGACGUAUUACGCAUGAGCAAAUCCAUAUAUUUUUGCAUUCUGCAUGUUGCGAGACAUGUGCCUCUUGUGUGUGUGGGUGGUUUGGUCGCUUAG